AUGCAACUGAUCCUGAACCACACGCUCAACAUCCCCGACAGCUCCCGAAACCUAGCAGACCAGAUCAUCAUCAACACCUGGCUUAUAUUCUGUGGAAUAGCUGGGAUAUCUGGUAAUGGUUAUGUGCUUUAUGUAACACACAAGUACAACGCUAUCAGGAUUGAUGAGAUGUCACUGUGGUUUAUCAAUAAGUUGGGAAUCACGGAUAUACUCUCCACAGUGGUGAUGGUGGUGCCGGUUACUGCUGUUAACUUCACGGGAAACCAGUGGAUAUUCGGAGACUUUGCUUGUAUCGUGAUCGCGUUUAUCAGCAGAAUUCCUUUCAUUGCUAACAUUCUUCUUAUAGUCGGGUUGAAUAUUAACAAACUAUACAGGGUAAGCUACCCUCUGAGAUCUCUGGAACAUAUGUCAAACAAAGUGAAGGGAUUGUGGCUAGUAACCGUUAUAACUCUAGCUACCAUUAACCCAUUCCUUGGUCUCCUCUUCAACAACUUCACUGCUACACUCCACUUCAACAGUUUGGCGUCUGUGUGUCGGCUGACAAACGAAGUGUUCCUGGUUGUGGUAAUCAGGUUUAUCAUCUACAUCAUCAUCCCUGGUACCAUCCUCAUUAUCACUAACACUGCACUUGUUAUCAUAGCCUUUAAGAAGACCCAAACUUCUGUUAAUAAACGGAACAUUGUGGUUGUUCUGGGGGUGACUUUUCAGUUCCUUAUUGCGUUUAUUCCUUACACCCUGGUGCUGUCUGUAGCGUUUUAUAUUCCUGUUAAGGAUUGGGUGGUACGUGGUGCGUUCUCCCUUCUUUACACCACUUGUUGGUUUAAUCCUAUCGUGUACUACCUUAACAACCCUACAUUCAAAGAGUUUACUAAUAGUCUUGUGAGAAAUGGCUGGAGCAAACUAAGAGGGUUACAGAGAAGUGAAAGUGAGAGGUUAAGAUUGUAUCGGGUGUUGACCUCCUCUCCGAGUACCAAUAGAUUUAAUGUGAAUACGGAGGAAUUUGAGUUGGGUUUACGGUGA